UCAGUACGAACAGUCCAACAGGUGGAACAAGGUUUCCAAACGAAAACGACAUACCACACCAUGAUACCCACCAAUUGCAUGGCAGCAGCCCUCUGCCUGGGUCUGACCCUUAUACUGGGGACUGUGCAGGCACAGGAAAAUGCAAUGCUGCAGAUACCACCGUCACUCGUGGAAUGCUACAACACAUCCUAUUUCAUGAACCGAGACAAUCGACUACCCGCCAACAUGGACACGCUCAUUUCGCUGAUCGAGAAGGUGGAAAACAGCUACCCCACGUCCGGCGUACAGGCGGACAUUAGAACAGUGGCGGUGUCCUUGCUCCAUCGCUUCCGUCAGGACGGUAUCAAGAGGGCCCCUGGUGUGACUGCCAUCGAUGGUGUUAUUCCCUACAGUCCGACCGGCUUCCAGUUUCCCAAGUUUAGGAUUUUGCUUUCGCGCCUCAUCCCCGGCAAUGCCAACAGUUUUCCCAACAGUUCGCUGACCAGUGUGGAACGAUGCUCUCUACAUUUCAUGCUCUCCAGCACCUUCGACACGAGGGUGCGCGGCGACGAGAACAGCGUUUGUAACCAGCUCUCCCAAUAUCGGGCGCACCGCCUGCCGCGGUCAGCGAAGAACGACGACGAGAACAACUUCAUCGGCGAUGUUGAGUGGUUGAGUGAAGACACUCGUCCGAAGCGGGGACGCUCAGCCAUCCCAGACUCGAAGUAUGUUCAGUUCGGAGAAUUGGACUACGAGACCGACUGGGCUUACUCGGGCACGGAAGGCACCAGCCAGUGUCCCGUUGAAGACGGCCUUGUUCGUACCCCCUGGGGGACCGUUUCCGCCGGCACCGUGAUAGCUGGAAUUGCGGCUGGCGUACAGCAGCAGACAGUCCAGCUAAACACCUUGCUGGCUCUGGCCAGCCAACGACGUGGGCGAGGACGCAGUCAGUCCCAGACAACCAACAGCAUUGACAAUCGCUGGGCGGCUACUCUGGCCGGAGACUUGGCCGAAGUCACGCUGGUGCAGGUGCCGGUGUCCACCAACAAUGCAGCUUCUGUCGGCGCCACUGGGGGCUGGAACGACACGGUUCUACCGCACUGGUAUUUCUUGUCGCAGCGCACCAAUCUGGAAGCUACCGAUGCCGAGAUUCGCGGAGGCCUUGAUGGCUUAAUUCUGGCCAAAAAUGUGGCCAACUGGAGAACGCAGGCGUCCAGCUUAAAGUUGUCCCAACUGCUUCGAAUGUACUACUCCACGAAUGGGGUGCUAAGCUCUGGGGUCAACGCGUGCAGUCGGCAGAGCCAGUUCCCCAAUGUGGCCCCAUCGGCAGAAAUGGCAGAGCAGACCAGUGCCUUCGCACAGGUCCUGGAUCGGGAGAUGCAGUUGCGUGUCACCCUCCAGCCGUUGGCAAUCACCCAAUUUGCUUCAACCGCCGCCCUUUCCCUGGUGACGUAUGUGCCGCAAUCCCUGAACGAUGUUUCCUGCACGGCGACCAGCAGUCUGGACUUGACGGAUGUCAUCACUCCCAUGACCAAUUUAUACAUUUUCCUGGAUACCUCCUGGCAGUACAGCUCCAUUGUUGACUAUGUGUUCUACGUCAUGCAGCAGCUAAAUAUCCAUCCCUAUGCCAGCACAGUUACUUUGCUGUCGGCUCAGGACGGGUCGGUGAUUGUCAACACCACACACUACAUCACUGAUGUCUCCCAACAGUGGAAUGUGACGACACAGGCGACAUAUGCCCAGGGUCUGAACUUGCCCAAUGUACUGCGUACGAUUCAGAACAUUACCCAGAACCUAAUGAACGCCGAGCAGACCAAUUCUAGUCUGAGCGGUCACUCUUUGGUGGCCCUGAUCAUACCAAAUCAGCAGACCGUCAACGAUGGUGACUCGUCCUACGCCACCACGGAAAUCCAGUACAUUCAAGAGCAGAUACCAGAUUUGCGCUUCAUCUACUAUGGUGGCGGAAGCAUUCAGCGUUUCGCCAGCUUUGUGCGUGAUCCCACCCAGGAUUUGUUCUCACUAACCUUGGGUAGUACGGUGGCCACUUCGGCAGGACCAGUUGCCAAGCGCAUUACAAAAAUACCUCGUCGCAUCAUCAAUCCACGCUGCGGAUCGACCUGGAUCACAAGCAGCUGGGGCACUGACCAGAUGGACCAGUACGUCGGCCCUGGCAUGGUCAACUUCUAUCGUGUGUCAGCCAACUACUUCUUCGGCACUGGCUCCAACCGCCUCGUGACGAUUCAGUCCCAGAAUGGUGGGAGCUAUACUAUCUGCACUUCGCGCAGCUAUGAGUGGCCCCAGCAGAACUCAACGACAAGCUCGACCAACACGAACACCAUUGAACAGACCUGCUCUCAGAUCACAGGCAACAGCUUUUCGUAUGACCUGUCCAGCGCUUGCAACGGCUACUACACCAUCACACAGUGUCCUGAUCUGUAUCUGUCAGUUCAGGCCACCACCAACACCACAUCCUGCACACAGGACGCAUGCCAGACACCAAAUCAAUGGCGUUACAUUGUUUCUAUGACCAACAUGGGCUGCUACAGCGGCGUCUCGGGACUCGCAGCCAGUCUUUUGACAAUAAUGUUCGCUUUGAUUCUGCAAAAGUUGUUGCAAUAGUUGCAUUAGUGGUACAGUAGUGCAGUGGUACUGUGGUGCAGUCGCAGAGUUCAAAAUACAUAUACCUUCCCGUCCCUAACCGUGGGGUUAAUUAUUGUGUCGUUUUACAUUAAUCCUAUACGUUUUUUAAACAUUAGUUGUAUGUUCCAGUGAAAUAGAAUAAAGUCCCCAACUAGAACUA